AUACUCUUGUAAUUAAUGGUAACAAUAACAAAGCUACUAUGUUGUUAUUGUUCUUCUCUGGAUUUAGAAAAAUGCUUCAAUCAAAGGAUGUAAGAAAGUUUUCCUUGGUUGUCAAGCCAUGUUUUACCCUGACAGUAUUUUCCAGUGCAACACUGCAACGGAUCUGAAGAUAUAUUUGCAACAGGCUUGCGAACUGCUUCCUAUUACAGAUUAUCCUGCAGACUUUUUCUGCUAGAAACCUUAUUAGUGAAUAACCAUUUGCCUUCUACAAUUCCACCUAAGAGAGGGAAGAUAGCUUAAUUUCUGUGUGUCUGAGAUUUGGGAAUCUACUUCAAAGAUUAUUGUAACCUGAUGUUUAGUAUGACAAUAAAUUACAGUGGGUCCUCAAGAAUGCAGGGAGCAACGUUACAAAGAAACUGGUCCAUAAGGGGACUUGCAAAUGGAGCACGUGGGUCUUGCGAUUCAUUUGGACACCUGAUGUUUUAAAAAGUUUGAGAUCAAGUAGAGCAGAUUUUCAGUAUCAGAUGUAGAUGGAAUUUAUCACCACCCUUCUUUUAACAAAUACAGAAAGAUCAAAGUAUCCCAGCACGGGGGAAAUGAAAGAGGUGGGAGAUGCAAAGGGUAAAGAAUGAACAAUCUCUUCAGGAUGUUUUAAAUGAGCUGGGAAGCCACACUGCCUCCUUGAUGUUGACAACAUUUGCAAAUCACUUGCAAUUAGAGAUGUUGGUGUCUGGUAAGUCGUUUCCCAUCAGGGAAGAUUAAAAAGACAUGUGCAGUGCAUAAUCAUCAAAAGAAAGAGAAAAAAAAGGUCUACACACUGAAGUAUUUAUCUGGAAAAGCAGAGAGGCAGAGGAGCUGUGGUGUCAGUGCAAAUAAUUUCAAGAAGGUCCAUGAAGACCUUUCCAUUAUGUGCCUCGGUGAUAUCAUCAAACCAUCUUAGAGAUGUUCAUUUUGGCAGCUCUGGGCUAGGGGGAAGAAGAGGUCUGUGUAUGUGCAAGAUAGGAAGAAGAGCAGGGGCAAGUCAAGAUCCCAUGAAGAACCAUCAUGGUGACUCUUCCUCUUUUCCUCUUCUUCAUCCUCUCACCCUGCAGUAAAUCCCAGGAGGACUUUCUGGCUGAGGAUCAGAAAUGGAACUACAGAGAAGGCGCUGACAAAGUCAACAUAGAAGGCAUUAACAGCAUUACUCAAACACUUGAGAAAUGGGGAAACGGCAUCUUCUGGCAAAUGAAGCACACCCUGCUGAAUGACCCAAAUGCUUUACUGCCCGAAUUCUCCAGUCUUCGCCCUGUCUCUGCAGCUGUGGACAACCUCGUGAGGGAAGUCCAGUCAAUAAGAAAAAGGCUAGAAGAACUGAAUGAACGGCUCAAUGUCAUCAGCAAAACUGUCCUUCCCAUCCGACUGAACGCUUUGCAGAGCCAGAGGCGUGGAAAUACUCAGCUGCGGAGACUUCCGAUGUAUAGGAGAAGGUUGUACGCUCGCAGGAGACCUCAGGGGAAUUAAUUCUGUACCAGAAAAAAAGAAGGGAUUUUUUUUUUUUUUAUCUGCUUAAACCUUUCUCAAUGGGGCACUGCUAAAGGGAGUGAAGCAAAGGACAUACAAGUCAUCUUUGUUAAGAAGACUGGAACUUCUACAUUUAUUUGCUGCCUUUCAAACCUAGGUCAGUAGGUGAAAUCUGACCUUGUUCUUCAAUUAUGGCUGUUUUGUGUCCCAUGCAAAAUGAGUGAAAAGCUUGGUUUACUUGAGUGUGAAUACUUUCAAGCUAUACAGUCAUUCUUUUUGCUUACCAGAGGAAGUUCUUUCCAUAAAGAUCAGGUGAAUUUCUUUCUCUGUCUUAUCUUUACACCACUCCAUCUGAAACAGCUGAGACAUUCGAUCUUCAAAAGUGUUGAAUGCUUGGUGAAAGCAGAAAGAUAGGUUAGUGCUUGGCACUUCCACCUGGGCGGGGAUGGGGAGAAGCAGCUAUGUUUUAAACUACAGUCUUGACCUGUUCUCUAUCGUGCAAAGAAUGCCCCAUUCACAUGUUCCGGUCAUGGGUAUGGUUGGAUAAUCUUGUCCCUGCAUCAUGUUUCAAUACUGAAUAUGAGUCAUAUUCUUGGGACCAGAUUUGAACAUCUUCUGCAAAGAAGUGGUUUUUUUUUUUAGAUACCUGGAACUGUGCACUCAAAACCUUGCCAUUCAGUAGAUAUGUUCAGAAUUUCCAGCACUCUGAAAGACAUUGCACUGACUUCUACCAAGACCCUUAGAAACCAGGGGAUGUUUUUCCAAAACUAUUUAGGUAACUAAUGGCAUAGAUAGGUGUCUAGAAGGUUUUUCCAAAGUAGCUGAGGCAGUUCAGUCCCCAAAAUCACAGAUAAUAAUUCAAUUGAUGUCUAAUUUGCACAGUAUCUUCUCCACAUGCAAGCACUGACCUCCAGACAUUUCUCAACAUCCUUUAGCACAAUUAAAAUCUGUAGAAAAAGAACAACUACGCACCCCAGGGACUUUGGUGCCUCAGGGAUCACCCAGAAUACCAUGCCUUCAGCUUGUCUGUGUUGUGGCUUCCUGAAAAUAAAACUGGUGAUAAAAACCAGUGAAGAAAUCAAAUUAUGCACUAAACAGAGGACAGAGUGGGCUUGCCCUUCAGCUCUCUAAAGGGAAAUCCAAUACAGAGAUUCCCAUCCAGUGUUGCAGCCACCUGCAUACCUGAAAUCUGUUGAAACAUAUGCAGAAGAGUUAGAAAGGAAAAUAAACUCUUUUUUUUUUAAAGGUCUGGAUGGAGCAAUUUAUAAGAACAAAAAUAAAGAACUAUGUCAAAAUGGUUGUGGGGGAGGCUGGCAUGAUGGUUGUUUUGCAAACACUUUCCAACCAUGAACAGUGAGGAUGCAGACCAGCUAUUUAAGGAUUCCCAAGACCUGGGUUUAUGCAAAGAAGUUCAGUGACACUACAAUAAUCCCAAGAGGGAAAGGAGAAAAACUAGUUUAAUAUAAAAUCUUUCAGAAGGAUCCGGAAGUAUUGACACAGGCAGCAUUUUGGCUCUACCUGGGAGUUGAGGAGGGGAGGUAUGAAGAGUCUAUGAGACAAUCUGAUAAAUAUUUUGCACAUCAGAGUCAUAGAAUACUCAGCUGGAAGGGACCACAAGGAUCAUCUGGUCCAACCUUUAGCGUUUUUAGCUUGGAAAGUAGCUACCGUUGUUUGGGCUAAGCUCUCAAUAAGAUGUUGCUAAGUACUCAAUAGCUGUAUCUGCACUGAUGAAAUGACCUAGAAACUAGAGCACAGAUAAAUACCAUACUUCAUCCAGUGUUCCUCCUCCAGGAGUGAACGAAGUACACUACUCUCUAGCAGCCUUUGCCAUAGCCUUGAGGUCAGUCAAAGGCCUUCUUUCUGCAACUCUAUAUUUCUGUAAGAGGCAAGUUACAAAGAUCAAGUUUAACAAGAUACAUCAAGUCUACAGUACCACUUCCAAUACAAAAAUCUCUUAACAGCUUUGUUUUCUUGGAGUUCAGGUUUUCAGAAAAUAACAAAACUCUAGCUUGGAAGGUCUCUCCUUGGCUUUUGCUUAGGAAUUUGAAGCACUGCUUAGCUAGACAAGGGAAAAGUCAAGCCUGUGAAAAAGCUGAUAAAAAGAUACAGUUGUGCCUUUGGUGAAGUUGUCAUCAUAAUUUCUCAGGAAAUGUGGAGUAUUUUGAUUCCAGAAUAUAUUUACCUAAAUUACAAGGCAUAGCAGGAAAUAAAGGCCCCCUCCUCCUUGUUAUUUUGCACUCAGAGCUACCAGUCUAUGCUGCAGCAUCAGUUACAUGCUUGCACAGACUGCUGGUCCUGCCAGGCAACGCUUCACACACUUUGCUUGUGGCUCUAGGAACUGCUGGUCAGUUUGGCCUAUCUGGAGGAAGAACACAACAUAAAUGUCAGCUCUAAUGUUCGUAUUUUAGAGAUAAGAACUUUAUCAGGCAAGCUGAAGUUGUAUAAAAUCCAACAUGAAACAGAAAGAUGAGACUUCUGGCUUGUGUAAGUCCCUCAGUCACAGAUGGAUGGAGUUGGGAGGCCAGACCAGAUCACUGCAUGCUUUUACUUUUUACCUAAUGUCCACCACCAGCUUCUGCCAGAGAGAGAGGACUGGGCAAGAUGGACCUUUGGUCUGACCCAGUUCAUGUAUUCCUAUACUAAUAUGUGCUAGUUGGUUUUCCUGGCAAAACUCAUCAGCUCAACAGAGAAACUCACCAUUUAUUUUAAAGAGAACAAGUAAGCUGCAGCACACAAUGUAUAUUACAAUUACGCAAUUUCUUGCAUAAUGGUGAAUGAACCUAAUUAUAUAAAUGGUUAAUAAAUUACUAGAUCUGUGGCCUUGUCACUACUGAUA